AUGGUUUACAACACCCCCUCGUUGAUGACAAGAUCAUCUUUGCCCAUUUUCCAAAAGUCACGAAUACAUACUUCUAAUCAGGGUGCCCCAGAUACUAAUCAUUAUAAGAUGGAAGCUCAAAACUAUGGGCGAUUGACUCGCCAGCCUUACAAGUUUCUCUAUGGUACUUUCCUCAUCAUCACUUUGCCCUUACAGAUAUUAUACAUCUUUCUCUACCGCAAGCCUAAACACCUUCGUCAGCACCCUCGUUGGACCUAUCUUCAGGCAACUGGGCUAGAUAUAUUUCUCAUCUGGUGGAAAUACACCUCAACGGUCCGCUACGUUACACCGAAAUCACUGAAACCCGGCUUUUUAAAAGAUCGAUUCAUUGUCAUCUCGCCCCCGUCUACAACUCCCUCAAUAUACCGUGGUAUCGUCGACGAUGCAGUUGUCCGUCCGUCUACUAUCGGAGCUGCCUGGUAUCCUGCCGUAUACACACCAGGGUCUACCGGUGGACUAGCACAACAGAUCACAAUUCAUUUUCACGGCGGUGCUUAUGUACUAGGUGGAUGCCGGCCGCUGGAAAGCGGUUGGGGUCCGGAGGUGCUUGCGAAACAUAUGAAAGGACCUGUGUUGCAGGUGCAGUAUCGCUUGUCAGUAGAAAAAGACGCUCAUUUUCCAGCUGCCUUACAGGAUGGAUUGACGGCUUAUCACUAUGUGCUAAACCACCUCAAGGUUGGUCCAGAAAACGUCAUCCUAUCUGGAGAAUCAGCUGGCGCAAACAUAGUGUUAGCCAUGAUCCGAUAUCUGAGCGAGGACGGAAAGGGACUUUUGCCGUCGCCGCGAGCUGGGUUACUUUGGAGCCCUUGGGUAGACUUGACUCUCAAUCACCUGACUCUGGACUCACAUCCCAGAGCGAACACGGAUUACAUGAAAGGGUCACUUCUAGAGUGGGGAGCAUCCAGUUUCACUCCUCCAGGAGGAGAUAGAAGCCAUCCUUACAUCUCCUUUUUGGGACAUGAGUUUAAAAGCCAAGUUCCAUUGUUCAUUCAGACUGGGACAGCGGAAGUAUUGUACGAUGACCAUGUCAAAUUUGCGAGCUCAAUGAAAGCGAUGGGCACUGAGGUUGAAUUGAUGGAAAUUAAAGAUGCACCUCAUGAUACAUUCGGGGCCGGUAUUAUCUUGGGGUGGGUAAAGGAAGCAGAAGCUGCUGUUUCAAACGCGGUAGCUUUCGUGGGGAAGGCGCAGUAUGGCACACCUAAGGAUAAACGUAUCUAA